AUGUCUAAUUCUACCCCCACAACAAGCACUGAAAAUGCUAUCACUACUUUUGACAUCAAUCACCCCUACCAUCUCAAUUCCUCAGAUUCACCUGGGAUGAAUCUGAUAAACUCCACUUUUGAUGGAAGAGGAUUCCCAGGCUGGAGGAGAUCAAUUUUAGUAGCACUCUCUGCUAAAAAGAAGCUUGGCUUCAUCAACGGAAAUUUUAAAGCUCCAGAUCUGGCUGAUAAAACUUAUGAUCAAUGGAGUUGUGUGAAUGAUAUGGUCACCGCCUGGUUGCUGAAUGCACUGUCACAAGACAUCAAAGAUAGUGUGAUCCACUCUAAAACAACAAAGGAGCUCUUAGAUAGCUUAGAGCAGAGGUUUGGUUAUUUCACUAGACUAAAGAGGCUAUGGGAUGAGUUGGAUUCACUCAACUUAUCCACAUGUUGUUCUUGUGCUUGUGUUUGUGAACGAAAGGCUAAACUGAUAAAGUUUUUGGAAGAUCAAAGACUAAUUCAAUUUCUAAUGGGUCUCAAUAAUCUAUAUGAACAGGCAAGGGGAACCAUUUUGAUGAUGAACCCUUUGCCAUUCAUGGAUCAGAUUUAUUCAUUGAUUUUGCAAGAUGAACAUCAGAAGGAGGCUUAUGCAAAUGCAUUCAUACCACCUGACUCUGCUGUAUUCAUGGCAGCAAAAACAAACUACAUAUCUGGAAAUCAAAUUAACAAAGGAAGAAACAGCCAACAGAAAUUUGGCAAUCCUGUUUAA